CGGCAGCAUCGCCCCUGCACAUGCACGGGGCGGAGUCGUUACGUCACCGCGCACUGCCCCCGCUGUCGCGCAGCCGCCGUGACGUCACACCCCGUCUCGCCCCGCGCCGUCAGCGCGCGACCCCAGCGCCCAUGCUGCCCGUGGCGGCGCGAGGAAACUUUCUACAAAACACUCGUGCGCUCAAAGAUGGCGGAUGGGUCGCCCGAGAACUGUGCCGACCCGAAACAAAUGAACGAUUUAACUUUUUCCGCGCCCGAUCCGGUACAUAGUGACACAAAAAAGUGCAGUGGGGAAACGUUAAAUGACGAUAAAGUGAAGUUAUCUUUCUACACCGAACUAGAAACGAGUGAAUCGUGUGAGAAAAGUGAUACGCGCGGCGUGGCCGCCAAUUGUACGGCAGCGGUAAUCACUACAAACACCCGAAAAUCUUGCGACGCUAACAUUGAAGACGGCGAAGACAGGAAGAAGCGAUGCUUCGACAGAUACGACAGCUCCGAAUCAUCUGACAGUGGCGUGGCGGUGCUGAGUCCGACGGAAAGUGGCGGUUGCAGCGGUAGCGAUAUCACCGAACCUGGCUCACCGCGCAGCCCUGAGUCGUCGUGUGGCACCGCAGAAGAGAGCGCGGGAUCGCGCAUGCCGCCCUGGGCGAGCGACCCGGCGCCGCCGGCACCGCGACGCCUCGCGGUACAGCCCGCUCCUGUACGCCGGUCACAGCAAUCCAUUCACCGUCGUAUCACAGAAUAUUUUAGCCACAAGAUGAAGCCACAAAAUGGUCUGAAGCGCGAUUCUAAUACAGCAAGCAAUGAUGACACCAAAAGAAAAUGCCUGCCUAAAAACGGCGUCACACACGACCUUGAGAAGUACAUCUCUUACAUAUCACAGACGCUAAGUCCUAAAGUGUUAAUGGAUGUCAGUAAGCAAGCUGAAGUUGCUUCAAGAAAAGCGGCAAAUCAAUCAUCUAACGCUAUUUUUGACUCCACGAAACCUACAGAUCUCAGCAAAAUAAUGCCAAGCGGAAAUCUUAACGGAAUGGUAGAUUUCAAUAAGCCGAAAGAUAAUAAAGACAAAAGUCACACGAAUAUGAAUGGUUUCGUUGAAGUUCGACAAGCGACGGAAUCAUUCACGAAAGAAAAAUUUACGAAUGGUCUUCUAAACGGGUUGGUUGACGGUAAAAAACAAAACCAUGACAUAAAAAUGCCAACAGACCCAUCCGCCAAUGGAAUGAUAAACGUAAAUAAUACAUGUCCAUUAAAUAAGCAGAAGGUACCGAUACCAGCAUCAAAUAACUUAGUUGGACUAAGAAUUGCGCCAGCAACGUCUAUAAGUCAGUCACCAAAAAGAAAUACUGUUUCUAAACCUGAUACUACUAGAAUAAAUGGCGUCGUGAGUUCUACUACUAAGUUAGAUAAUAAAAUGAAUGGUGUUACAUGUGGAUCGAAUAAUUUAAGUUUAAAUCCUAUUACUUCCAAGCUAGCACCUAUGAAAAAAGAUGCGCUAAAGAAAACUGCACAACAGACUAAAAGAACAAAUCGAAAAUCAUCAGCAUGUAUAGCUAACAGUAAAAACAUGACCUGGUCCAAAGCAAAUAAUCUAAAACAAGUGCAAUUACAAAAACAAAAUUGUGUUAAUUCGAUUCAGAGUUCAACCAUAAAGGGUUUGUCUGGUGAGGGUAACACAGCACCAAAGAUAAAUAUUCCAAAUGGUGUUCGCCAAGUUUCAAUGACAGUAAACAGUAAUAUCGGUAAUUUAAACGCACCUGUAACUAAUUUCCAGAAUUGCCAACUAAACAUCCCUCAAGCAUGCAAUGGCACUGUGACAUCCAGCAAUUUAGCAUCUUUUGUUGCUGUUCCACAGAAUGUAAUGCUAACGGCUUUAAGAAUACCUCAGAACGGUAUACCGGCACAAACUAUAAAUCAACAAACUAAUAUGACUUUCAGUCGACCUAAUGUCAAUGUUUCGAGUCCCACAAAAUUAAAUGGACAAUUUGUAUUCCCACUCGUACAAAAUCUGAAUGGAGCCGUCGUACAAAUACCUAAUUUAAUGGCGAAAAUGCCAAACUUUGUUUUACCGCAGACUGCACAGUUAACACCACAACGGCAAGACCAUUUACAAAAUCAGCAAGCGGCGCAAAUUCUUAUAAAUGGCACACUUUUAAAACUAGCAAACACAAUGACGUCCGCAUAUACAAAUGUCAAUAAACCGGCACCAGUUACAAGUCAAUCUAUUCCAGUGAUGAAUAAAAAUGUCACAGGAAUGCAACCCGUCGGAAUGACAGUACAACCAAAAUCUAAUUACACGGUUAACUUAAGUCAUCCUGUAUUGAUGCCACAACCUGGAUUUAUUGUCACGUCUGUGCCAAAUAUAAAUGUGAAAGAAACUUGGAGUUACGCGAAUACACACACAGCAUCGUCUUCACAGUCUACUUGUUCAAAUCCGAUAGUACAUCAUCCUCCGCCUAUCGUAGCCAACUUUACAACUCAAACACUACAUACGAGUAGUAUACCGAUAGCGCCAGUAAAACCGCCCGACAAUCCAAUUCAGGGUACUGAACCACCCAGUAGCACUGUUAACGAACCAGAAAUAAGUGAUGUAAGUCCGAAGUGUGAUAUACCAUGGCUGUCAAAAACUGUUAAUAAUAACAUUGUUCCAUUAGAUAAUAAUAAAAUGUUGUCGAGGCCUUUUGCACAAGUUAGUUUAUCGGAAAAAAUUGAAGAGUUAACGUUGGAGAAAUUGAGGGAGUGUAAGACUUCAGAAGAAAAAGAGAAAGAAAUAAGAAUUGACGCAACAGGCGAGGAACUGAGAAAAGUGGAAGAAGUUGCGAGGCGAGAAGAAACUAUAUUCACACAAAUAACUGUUCUGAAGGACGUUUCGUCAAACGUUCAAAGUACUGUGAUAGAAGCAAAUUUCUGUAACGCCACCACAGAGUCGUCUGAAUCUGGAAUAGGUACAGAUAAAUCCAUCGACUCGCCGAGUGACUCGCAAACUAGCAAAGAGUGUGAUGAGGAUUCCUCUUUAUCGUUAAGUGUGAGUGUGUGUUCAGUGGAAGUGCAAAGCAGUCAGAAAAGUCCUAUUCUGAAACAGCCAAAAACGUUGCGGUUCCCACCCAGGAAUCCGAUAAAGGCCGGCAGUGAUAAAAGGACAUCUAGUACUGAUACGACAUCCACGGUUACGGUGUGUUUGUGGGAGAACUGCAAGCGGGAGCUUGAUAGUGAUAGUGAUCUGUUGGAGCAUUUACAGACUGUCCACGUGGAAACCCAAGCGGGGAAAGAGAAUUACGUGUGCUUAUGGGAACAGUGCAAGGUCCGUGGCAAACCUUCGUGCUCAAGGCUGUGGCUGGAGCGGCACGCUCUCUCACACGGCGGAAACAAACCCUUCAAGUGCAUAGUCGACGGCUGCGAGAGGCGAUUUUCUACUCAGAUAUUAUUGGAGCGCCACGUGAACAAUCAUUUCAACGAGGCGUCACCGAACACCAGCGGCAGCAAGAAGUCGACCGACAGCGCUUCCAAACUCAUCCGGCGGAAUGGCAAGAAGCUGCGGUACAGACGACAGCCGUGGUCUGCGCGAAUGUUCGACUUCUUCGAUGCCGGUACGAUGGAGGGCCUCGCGUGGCGGUUGACCCGCUGCACGCGCUGGCGGCUGGGCGGCACGUGUCCACUGCGCGAGCCCGCCGGCCAGCACACGCUGACCCUGCACGCGGCCCUGCGCGCUACCCGGUACAACGCCGCCGCCGACCGCACCGAGGCGCUUGUCACGUACUUCCCGCCACAUGUAAUCGAAGACGAGUGGGUGCCAGAGAAGGAGGUGCAACGCAUCAAGAGGGUCGAGAUAGCGUCGCUGCCGGUCCACACGAAGGUGGUCGUGUACGAGCAAUUCUGCAUGUCGUACAAGGCCGCCCCGGUACAAGCGGCGCCCGUGGCCCCUCCAGUCGCUUCAACCAGCACUACAGCACGGCAGUUGCCAGCGCGGCACUGCACGUCGUCACGCGUGUUGUCCAACUUGCUCGCCAAGCAAAAGCGUGCAGGUGAGAGACUGGAGUGCGUUGCAGAGGACCCCGCAGCAUUGUACGCGGCAGCCGCCGACCGCGAGCCGGCCGUGAGCGGCGCCAAGAAGAGGAAACUCGGACGUCGCUACGGCGGGAACUGCUUCUGGCCGUGCGGUCGAUAACUUCGAUGCUCUUUUGGCUCGCGCCGCAUCGCCACGCGACGGCUCGUCUCUAAGUGGUAAUUUCAAGGUGGAUUUAGAUCUUACGAGCGAAUACUCGUUUUUCUCCGUUUUGGAGGAUUUUAUUUUGAUUUUUAUUUCGCAAUCAAUUUUAUCUACUUUAUGUUCUCGCGCUGGUUCUAUUGUUCUAUUAGUUUGUUGAUCUAAAUCCACCUUCAUAAUUACGUUUGCUCUUCUAUAGCAAAAUAAGUUUGCAUUGUUUGUGGCGUAAUGUGGCGGGUGACGCGGCUCGAGCGGACAGAUGUUGAUUCUCCACCGGGCGGGUGGCCGACGAUAUCCGAUUUAGGAAAAUUCUCGCCAAAGAUUCGUUGACGGCCCGCGACGCGGUUCAUAGACUGCUAGUUGAUUGUAGCAGACGUAAAUUUAUUCACAAGACUGAUGCUUACUUUUUUAUAAUGAUAUUGAUCGGUUUGUCGGCGUUUUGAGCUUUAUCGCGUCCGCGCACGGGCGGAUCUCGCUCGCCGAAUGCGACGGGUUCGGUUGCGAGAAAAUAUGUAAAUAAUUAGUGCGAUGUGUAAAAAAUAUUAGAGUGCCCGGUUCGUUUCGCUAAUCGAGUUUUGAUGUACAAUAGAUUCUAUUCGAGUGUUCGAUUUAGUUGGACGUGUCCGAGUCGCCGAACGGGCGAGUAGUCUGAAUACUUUAAGUUAGUUUAAGGAGUAGUGUCGCAGUAGCGACACAGUCGACCAGCGAUACGCAUCACUGCCAACCUGUACAUACUAGUUUGUAUUGAAUCGUGAUUCGGUUUAGCUUAGAAUAAUUUGCGAUCGUCGCUUUAUCGAUGUGGUUUCGUUUAGUUGUAAUUACCCCGCGUCUCGACUUGCUUUCGCUUGAGGUGCCAGUACGGAUGGUCUCGGAUGCAGAGACAUUGAUACGGAUAGACGACGCAAGUGACCAAACGUGUAACAGUUAUAAUGCACUCACUAGUUACUUCAUUAUUAUUGUUCUGUUUAAUUCCGCUGCCAUUAUUAUGUGUAUCAAAGUUUGAUACGGAGACUGAUCACCACUAAUGAUAGAAGUCUAAAACUUCCCUACCAAUAACCGAUCUCCAACCGUUAUUAAAUCUAUACUUAUCUAUAUCGUGUCAGUUGUUCACACAUACUAAAUGUAGUGGAAAUAAACAAAAUAAUGAAGUAACCAGUUAUAUGGACCUUCCUACAACAACAUAUAAUUCAAUAGAAUAUACUCUUGCAAUAUUACAUCACACACGCUAUUUAUUGUUAGCAAAUAGCGACAAAGUUCUUUAAAAAAUAAUCGUGUACUUGUCAAACAUUUAAAAUCAAUAAAAUAUAUGCUUGCUAUUACAUUAAAAACGUUGUUUAUUGUUAGCAAAUUGCAUAAAAUAAUAUUGCAUUUGUCCAACAAUUAAGAUUGUUUAAUGUAAAUUCUACUCAGUAUAGGAGCAGGGAUUAAAAUUGGUACUAGUAAUACGAAAAUCGGCCACAUUACCUGAGAUUUCCACUUCACAUGACUACAUAAGUAACCAAUUUAGCCAUAGUCGAAAAAAUUUACCAUAGUCCAAGUAGGCUCUCUCGAGGGUACUAAGUACCAAGAACAGUUGCGCCAUCUAUCUCCAUUCAUGUCUGUGGUUGGGUGCGUGACCACGAAUGUAGUAUUCGGUGUACCAACUCUUCCGUCAUCACUCACCAAGUGCCUCGACACAGCACAGGAUAUACCAAUAACGAUGUAGUUAGUGUUCACUUAAUAUCAAGUUGUCCCGCGUUAGUCAUAUCAAACGAAACACACACUUAGCGUUAAGGUUUAUAGAGUUCAAUUUUGAUAUUCGACGUUUUCGAGUUCCAGUUUUUGUGUUCCAGUUUUAUUGAAGCAAUCUCGACGACGCUUUACAGAAUCAACAGCUGUCUACGUAUUUAUGUCCAAUGUAGUUUUCACUGCCAUUCAUGUUGUGUUUAGUUUUAUUGUACUUUAGCAUCAACUGUAAACAUUUUUUUUAAUUACAUGAUAUGUUUAGUAAAUAAUCUUGACACGUCUUUUUAAUGAAAUUAGUCGUUUAUUUUUUUUUUUAUAUUGCCCUGUGAAUAAUUAUAUAAUACCAAUAAUGAACCCUAUUGAUUUAUAAAUGGGAAUUGUCUACAGUCUAGAACUGAUCAAGUUAUCGUUUCUUUAUUUUUUUUUUUUUAUUUAUUUUUGAUAGAAAGACGCGCCAAGAUUGUUUACUAAAUGUGCCAAAUAAGAAAGAACAGAAUAUAUGUACUUUUAGCAAUAACACUAUGUGAUAAGACUUAAUAGUUCAAUAACCGAUUCUCACGCACAAUUUAUAAAAUGGCAACACCAGUAACAUUUUGUAUCGACAGAGUCGUCACUAAUAGACAGGAUAUGUUUAAAAGUUAUGGUACAAGUUUUAUUUUUAAAUAUUCCAUCGGUUAUACAUCCAGGUGUUACCACUGAUAAGUGAUUUUUUAUAGUACGUAAAUCGUGUUAAAUUAAUAACGGAGGGAUAGGUUUUAUAUUAUAUAAGUAAUGGAAAUAUAAAUAGUAUGUGAUUGUUAAUUCUUUGGCUAUGACAACUUGCUGAAUAGAUAAAUUUAACUUCUUUGCAUAUUAGUAUUUUAUAGGAUAUCUUUCAAAAGAAUGGCAACAUUUAGAAAUAAAGGACACACGUUGACAGAAAAGUGUUUUAUCAUAUAUUUAUUGCAAUAUAUAUUGUAAUAAUCUGUAACCGUGAACCAAAUUUCAAAGAAAGAAAUAAAUUAAUUUAUAUAAACUUAAAUUUAAGCAUUUUUAAACAGUCAUUGUUUAUGAUUGAUUUUACCACCCUUUUGGAAUAUAAAUGUCACCUUUACAAUAGAAGACUACGCACUCAUAAAAUUCUGUGGUAUUUUUUUUGCUUUUUUUCAAUUGAUUUAAAAAAGGAGGUUCAAUUCGAUUGUAUUGUUUAUAGGUUUGUUACUUUAUAAUUCUGUCAGUGCUAAAUUUAUUUUGAAUACAUAUACUUACAGAUUGGUUUCAUAAUUGUAUUUAUACAUAAAGCUAAUUUUAGUGUAUAUAAGUAAAUAAUGUCCUCUAGUGACAGAUACUUAAAUUUAAAAUAUUUAAUUUUAUAUAUGAAAAAAUUAAGUCAACAAAGUAUAAUUUACCAGAGGGAGACUUUGUACAAAAGUCGAUUGCUUGGGUACCUCUGUCCCAUUCGUCUUUCAACCGUGAAGCAGUUGUGUUUGCAUGGCUAUGUUUCGGUUUGAAGGGUGGGAUAUGGCGUGAAUUUACUGGGUACAGAGGAAUAACACCUGAGUCCUCAGGAGUGGCAACGCAUGAGGGGUAUCAUGGGCGAAACAAUAUACUCUGUUAUGUCCAUGGUACUGCUCAUGUCUAUAGGCGACGGUUACCACUUUCCAUCAGGUGGGUCGUCAGCUUGUUUGCCAUUCUAAGUUGUAUAAAAACAAAAAAAUCAAAAUAAAAGUAAACUCUGCAUAAGCAUUCUUAAAAAGUUUAAUAAGACGUUGGUAAGAAAAAAUACUAUUAUCGCUAGUGACACCUAGUACUGGACAGACUUAUUUCGUGGCCCAAGCGCCUGAUGUUUGUGCAUAGUUUAUGAGGCAAUCUAAGACUUGUUCAAGUCUUUAUCAUAGACUUCUAAACCACAGCAAUAAUUUAUGUUACUUGAGCAAAUGAUUUUUUUUCCUUUAUUAUAUCUCCAGUUUUUUGUUGCCCUUUUAUUUGGCAAAGAUUUGUUUAUCCAUUUCAAUUAUAAUUUUGUGUAGAGAUAAUAUUAGUUUUUCACUUUUCUGGUAGUUUCUCUUUCGAACACCUGAUCGUUUUAUGGCAGUAUCUAGCAAUGGCGACAAUUUCUAGAUUGUCUGGACAAUAUUUGAAAGAAAGCUUAUUAAUAGAAUUAUUGGUUCGCUGAUAGACUUGACUCGAUAGAAAGGAAUAUAUCCACAUUUGUUUUUUGUAUAUUUGAAAUAAUAUAGUUUUAAGGACUGACCAGUAUUAGGUGCCAUUCGUCAUUAUGCAACUACCCCCUAUAAAAUUGUGUAAAUGUUCCAUAAACUUGAAUGUUGCCAUUCUUUUUUAAUUGAUUUCUAAACAAUAUCUGAUAUUUUCCAUACUACGUAAUUCUUGAUAUACUGAUAAAAUCCACAUAUAUAUAUAUAUAUAUAUAUAUAUAUAUAUAUAUAUA